GAAAUAACCCUAAAAGAAUCCAACCCUAACUCCACCGCGGCAAGAAGGGCAUCUCUCCGUCUCGUGUGCGCCUACAAAACCAUUGUAACGGUGAUCAUUCCUUGGCCAUAGUAUUGAUUUCGAUGAAUUGAGUUAGGAAUUUGAUUCUGUGAAAGAAUCCCAACAAAUUUUUAACCAUCUUUUUGAAACCCUUGUGGUAGUAUCAGGAUCUAAUGGAAGACGAUGACGAGUUCGGAGAUCUAUACACCGAUGUACUUCAGCCCCUUCAGAUGUCGUCUGCAUCUCCUCAACCGCAGAUACGAUCAACACCGCAGCCGCCAACUCGUUCGAUCGAUCUCAACGAUAGAAUUUCCAGCGAUGAUGAGGAGAUUCUCUACGGUGCCAAGACUUCGGGUAAGUUGAAAUUCGAUCAACCUGAUUCAAAUCUGAAUUUGAAUAAAAGAGAUGGAGCUGCAGAAAAAAAAGAAAGUGUUUGGGGGGAGGAGGCAGCUCCGGCAGCGGAUUCAGGAGGUAGGGUUUUUGGGAGCAGUAGUGGUUUGGUGAAAGCAGAAGAGAAGGGUCUUGAACAAGAUCCAAAUUUUGUUCAUGACGUCAAAGGGGAAUUUUCGCAGAUUAAGGAAGAGGCUUUGGAGGAAAAUUUUGGGAUUGAAGAUGCUGGGGAGGAAGAGGAGUUUUUGAUUCCGGGUUUAUCAUCCUCCGGAGCUAGGGUUUUGGAGCGAAGUGGCAAAGAAGGGGAAGGUGGUGACGACUGGGAUGAUAGUGACAGCGAGGAUGAUUUGCAAAUUGUUUUGAAUGAUACCACUGGAGCAGGGAUGAUGGGAAUGGACGGGGGUGGAGGUCAAGAUGAAGAGGAUGACGAAGAUGGAGACAAUUUGGUGAUUGUUGCUGGUAAUGCUGAUGCAAAUCAUCUUCAUCAUCAUCCACCAAUGGAAGAGCUGCAAGAUUGGGGUGAAGAUGCUAGUCAGGCUGCUGAAGGAGGAGGAGAAAGAAAAGAUUUGUUAGGCGGUGAUGCUGGGAAACCUGAGGGUGGAGGAGUUGGUGGAGCUGUGGUUGCACAGAAGGUUGGAUACGGCAGUCACGGGUAUCAUCCGUUUCAUUCCCAGUUCAAGUAUGUGAGGCCUGGUGCUGCACCUAUGCCUGGAGCAGGUGCUGUAGCAACUGGAGGAACCCCAGGACAAGUUCGUCCACCUGCAAGUAUGUUACCUUUUGCUGGUCGUGGUAGAGGUGAAUGGCGACCUGCCGGAAUAAAAAAUGUUCCUCCCAUGCAGAAAAAUUUCCAUCCAGGUUACGGGAUGCAGGGUUGGGGAAACAAUGGAGCAGGGCGUGGAUUUGGCAGUGGACUGGAUUUCACACUUCCUUCACAUAAGACUAUAUUUGAAGUGGACAUUGAUGGCUUUGAGGAAAAACCAUGGAGGCUACAAGGUAUUGAUAUAUCAGAUUUUUUCAACUUUGGCAUGAAUGAGGAGAGCUGGAAGGAAUAUUGCAAACAGCUGGAACAACAUCGACUUGAGGCUACAAUGCAAAGCAAAAUUCGUGUCUAUGAAAGUGGGAGGACUGAACAGGAGUAUGAUCCGGAUCUCCCGCCAGAGCUUGCGGCAGCAGCAGGUAUUCAUGACAUCUCGUCUGAAAAUCGUAAUAUAGGGAAAACUGAUUUGCAAAGUGACUUAGCAAAGGGAUCUGCACGCUCUCGGAUGCACCUGCCAACAGGAAAAGCAAUACAGGUGGAAACUGGUUUUGGUGAACGACUUCCAUCCAUUGAUACACGGCCGCCUCGAGUCCGUGAUUCCGAUGCUAUUAUUGAGAUUGUCUUGCAGGGAUCUGCAGAUGAUGAAUCUGUUCCAGAAAAUGAUGGUGCUGAGCAGCCUGAAGAUGUUCCAUCAAAAGAAAAUCCCAGAGCAAACCUUGAGAUUGCUGACGACAUUGGAUCUGAAGAUGAUCAUUUUGAUAGACCACAAGCUUAUAAUGGUAGGAAGAGGGAUGUUUCUGGAAGAAGAGCACCUUUCAUGGGUUCUAUGCAUGACAUGACAUCUACAGGAGAUAGGGGAUCACGUUUCAAAGAAACAGAAGUUGAAGAUCAUUUUGAAUCAAGAGGCAGGACCUCUUCAUACCCCAAGAAGCUCUCUCCUCACAACCUCGUUGAGAGGCCAGCGAAGAGAACAGCAGCUGAUAGGUCACCCCAUUUGACUGAUAGUGGAACUCUGCAGGAUCCGAAGUUUGUUGAUAAUCAGAAAGAAGAAUCAACUGAAAGUGUUGGGCAUAAGAAGACUCCUUCUUCAUCUCCUCCAACACUAGGGAGUGCUGAGGAUCGAAGUUUUGACCAAAAUGACGCUAUUAAAGAUGAAGCUGUAGUUGCUGAUGGAAUUUCAGGAAUGGAGAGGGAGGGACAAGGUUUAGAUACAACAGCCAUUGAUACCUUCAAAGAAGAAAACUCAAGACGUACAAUGAAAAAACAAAAGCUGAUUGCUCGAGCAGAACAUUCUUCUGUUGAAAGAGGUGAAGACAGAGAAGAUUCAAAAGCUGGAAGAAGUAGUGAAAACAGCAAAGCAAAAUCAGGAAGCAGCAGAGAUCAGCAGAACAUGCGAGAUAGUAUGGAGCAGGAAGUAAUUCAAGCAGGAGGUUCAAUGUGCAGUGGGAACAUCAGGAGAUCCAUCAAUGAAGAUGAGCGUACUGUUCGAAGCAGAGGUCGUGAGGAGAGACAAGAGAGGGAAAGGCACCCAACUGCUUUGAAGGGGAUGGAAGAUCAAUAUUCUCAUAGAAAGUGGGAUUCAAGCCUGGGGCAUCGGUCACACGUCAAAUCUGAAAAUUUUGAUAGGAAGAAGGGGAGAGAUUCUGAAGAAGUGUGGCAAGAUGAGGAUCCACAUGUUGGAAGGAUGAGAAUUGAAGACAUGAGGAAACGAAGCCAUGAGGAGGAAAUGGCAUCUAGGCACAGGCAUAAGGUUCGAGAAAAUGAGAGAAGUGAUAAAAAUGAGCAUCGCUCAAGGAAAGUAUUGGAAAAUGGUGGUUGGAAGGGUGACCAUGACAGAGAUGUGGUAUUCCAACAGAAGAGGGAUGACAGUUUAAAGACUCGUCAUAACAUUUCAGAUGGUAUGCACAGCAAAAGAUCAAACGAGGAGCUGCAUGCUCGGAGAGGGGACCGUGCUGAAAGAGAAGAACCUUUGCAUGCCCAUAGAGAAAGCACCAGUCGGCGCAAGCGAGAAAGAGACGAUAAUUUGGAUCAGCAUAAGAGAGACGAGCAGGCAAGACUAAAAGAUGAUGACCAACACCCUUUCAGGUACAAAGAAGAGGGUCGGUUGCAGAGAGAGAAGGUAGAAAGGCAGAGGGAACGAGAUGAUUGGAAAGAAAGAGACGGUCAUAGAGGAGUGGGUAGUGGACGGCCAGCAGAAGACAAAGCUUGGGUUGGCCAUUCUAGAUUGAAGGAAGAUUAUAGAAGUUCAGACAAAGAGUAUCAGUUCAAAGACACCGUGCGGGAACAGCUAAGUAGAAGGGAUAGAGUUGAGAAUGAAGGCAUUUCCCGGCAUCGUGGACGUGAAGAUGCAUACACACAUGGAAACAAGCUUAAUAAUGAAGAGAAAAUAUCAAGGCACGAAAGGGGAUAUGCUGGUACAGAUCGUACUGCCAGUACUAAAGAUAUGCAUGGGCUGCAGGAGAAGAAGCACAAAGAAAGCCUAAGGAAGGGUAAAGAAACUGAUGGUAUUCACAAUUCCUUGGCUGCUUCAAGGAGGAACCGAGAAGAAAAUAGCAGUCAGAGAAGUGAGCGGGCAAGCUCGAGAGGCAUGCUUGAGCAACGAAGUGGUGAGCAAAACCUCUUAACACGAAGAUCAUUGAAAAAGCACAAGGAGAAUGGUUCAUCAGAGGAUGAGCAACAAGAAUCAAGAAAAGGGCGUUCGAAACUCGAAAGAUGGACGAGCCACAAGGACCGGGAUUUCAAUCUUGGCAUUAAAGCUGAUCCGAAAGAGAUUGAUAGAUCUAACGACAACGGGGUCGCCAUGAAACUUGCGGAAGAAUCCUCUAGGCCUCAAGAAACCGUCGAUAAUUCAAAACCGUUGGCAGAAGAGAAAGACAGCAGCAGCAUAAAAACCGAGGAUGCAAAACCAGCAGAAGACAAACACUUGGACACGGUUGAGAAGUUGAAGAAGCGCAGCGAGCGGUUCAAACUUCCUAUGCCAAGUGAGAAAGAAGCUAUUGCCAUUAAAAAGAUGGAAAACGAACCUUUGCCUUGUGUCCAACCGGAAACCCGUCCCGAUUCAGAAGUCAAACCCGAGCGCCCUGCUCGUAAACGGCGGUGGACAAGCGGCUAGCUAAAACCAAGUUUGAAUACCAUUGAUGGAGAUAAUUUCUUUCUGGAUGGAUGUGUUAUGAACUUGUAACAAUGAUGUAGCCGUUUACUGUUUUCUUUUUACGUUCUCUUGUUCUUAUAAAGAUGUAUGUAUAUGCCGUGCGGAAAAUGUAACGAUAUAGUGGCCACACUUGGCACACGACAUCUUAUAAAUGACAUUAUUAUAGAAGAUGAUCUCUAGAAGUAAAUUGCAUCUGGGCUGCAGAGAAAUUUGAGUUACAGUAGCUGCAGGUGAGGUGAAGAAGAUGAAGAUUUCCAGAGAAGCAUUUGAGGAGGUGCUUAAAGGGAACAGUUCAGAAUAAAACGGUUGUGCAAAUGCUAUAAAAAUUGUCCGCCGAAAGCCAUGAUGAUUCGCAAGAUAAGCGUUCGUCUUUCCAGCUGCACUUCGGUUUCGAUCAACCUAAUGGCUUGAGCCUGUCCUUGGGUUUGGUCUUUCAAGUCUUGGCAGUGGGGCACUAGUAACUUGCACACGUUGCCUGUUUUUUGACUUGAUUGGUGCCCACGCUCGUGCUUUGGCUCAUUUUAUCGAUCAAUGAUAUCUAUCGACCACUACGAACAAACAGCAAUGGUUGUUUGGGCUACAACAGAAUGACCUUAGAUUGAGCACUCUCUUUAUUAACGUACGGAAUAGUUUUUGUAAUUCUUUCUAUCUAUCUUAUAAAUUUAAAAUAAAAAUGCGAAUUUUUAUUUUACUCU